CAGUGCUGAAUGGUCCAUCGUUGCCCCUUGCCAGCAGCACCGAAGUCCGAGCUCUCCACCGAGGAAACCUCCCCCCGCUCUCUCUCUCUCUCUCCUCAGGUCAUCAGUCCCCUAUCCUCCUCCUCCUCUUCUUCCCCACAUCGUCAGUGAGGUCCUCGGGGUUGCUGCGGCAAUAAUAAUGGGGGAGAGGAGGAGGUUUCCUGCUAGCGCUCGCUUGCUCGCCCUCGCCGUGGCGAUGGUGUUGCAGGCGGCAGCGGUGGUGCUCGUCCUGGGCGAGGCGAGUGACGGCGGGGCCAUGCUUGUGGGCCCGCGGCAGCUGGAGAAGUUCGUGGACGAGCUGCCGGACAUGCCGAGGCUGCGCGGCUACGGCGUCACGGAGGGCGGCGCGCUCGUCGCCGGCAACCUCACCAUCGGCAUGUACGACACCAGCUGGAAAUUCCACCGCGACCUUCCGGCGACGCGUGUCUUCGCCUACGGAACCAGCAAGGAGACCGCCACGGUGCCGGGCCCCACCAUCGAGGCCAUGCGGGGCGUCCCCACGCACGUGACGUGGGCGAACCACCUCCCGGCGCGCCACUUCCUCCCGUGGGACCCCACGCUGACGACCGCCGUGGCGCCCGGCGGCCGCGGCGUCCCCACCGUGGUCCACCUGCACGGCGGCGUGCAGCAGUCCUCCUCCGACGGCCACUCGCUGGCCUGGUUCACCAGCGGGUUCGCCGCUACGGGCCCGCGCUUCUCGCCGCCGCCCUACACGUACCCGAACCGGCAGCCGCCCGGGAACCUGUGGUACCACGACCACGCCAUGGGCCUCACGCGCGUCAACAUCCUCGCGGGGCUCAUGGGCGCGUACCGCGUCGCCAGCCCCGCCGAGGAAGGCCCGAUGAACCUGCCCCGCGGGGAGGCGUUCGACCGGAACCUCGUGCUGUUCGACCGCGACUUCCGCGCCGCCGACGGGGCGCUCUUCAUGAACCGCACGGGCAACAACCCCGGCGUGCACCCGCAGUGGAACCCGGAGUACUUCGGCGCAGUCGUCGUCGUCAACGGCAAGGCGUGGCCGUACCUCCGCGUGCGCCGCCGCCGCUACCGCUUCCGCAUCCUCAACGCCAGCAACGCGCGCUUCUUCCGGCUGUCGCUCUCCGCGGGGCUCCGCUUCGUGCACGUCGCGUCCGACUCGGUGUACCUCGCCAGGCCGGUAGCGACCGAGAGGUUCGUCGUGGCGCCGUCCGAGAUCGCCGACGUCGUCGUCGACUUCGCGGAGUCGGCCGCCGGCGCGGCGGUCGUCCUCAGCGACGACGCCCCGGCCCCGUACCCCGGCGACCCCGGCGAGAAGGCGGAGACCAUCGCCGUGAUGAAGUUCGUGGUCGAGGGCGCCGCGGAGGACCCGGACACGUCGACCGUGCCGGCGACGCUGAUGCCGCACUACCCCAGGCCGGACGCGCGCGAGGCGGCCACGGCGCGACACAUCACCAUGUACGAGUACACCAGGGCCGGCACGGACGAGCCGACGCACCUGUACCUGAACGCGCGCUCGUACAUGGACCCGGUGACGGAGACGCCCAAGGAAGGCACGUCGGAGGUCUGGGAGGUGAUCAACCUCACGGACGACAACCAUCCGCUGCACGUGCACCUGGCGGUGUUCGCGGUGCUGGAGCAGCGGUCGCUGCGCCGCGUGGACGAGUUCAGGGACUGCAUGAAGCGCCGGAACGACGCGCGCGCGUGCGGGGUCGACCGCCACCUGGCCGGCGGGCGGAGGCACGUCGUGCCGCGGCAGGAGCGCGGCUGGAAGAACGUCUUCAAGGUGCGGCCCAGCGCGGUAACCAGGAUCCUCGUGCGCUUCAAGCCGCUCACAGACGCCGCGUCGCCGGAGGAGAGCCGCUUCCCCUUCGACGUCACCACUGGUCCGGGUUACGUGUACCAUUGCCACAUUUUGGACCACGAGGACAACGAGAUGAUGAGGCCGAUGAAGAUUGUGCGUUGAACGGUUUCCAGGAAGAAAAACAUAUAUUCUAUGAAUGAUUCCGUAUCGCAAAAGAAACGACAUGUUUACUGUGUCUUUCCCAUUAAUGAUUUAAGCAGGAAGAACUUUUAGAUGAUUGAACUUUUCAGUUAAGAUAGCAUUUGCCGAGUAACAACAUAUAUCCUAAAUGUUUGUUAAGAUAGCAUUUGUCGAAGCAUAAUUUACUCAUAGGUUGUUUAUAGAUAAUAUUUACACGUUUGUCCCCCCUACUAUUCCUAUUUGCUACCACAUUUUCAUGACAUGGGGAGGACAAUGCUAUAUUUAAGGCACAUCAUUUUUCAUUUUAUAGUCAACUGUAAUCUCGACUCUCGAUAGAUAAGACUAUUUGCAGUGGUUCCUUCU